ACUGAAGACACAAAGGAGAAAAAGAAGACCUCGAGUGAGAAAAUACCCAAAGUAACUGAGAAUGCAAGUCACACCAAAGGACCUGACAGAAAGGAUGAUACUUCAGCUGUAACCGACAGACACAAGGACAAAAAGCAACAAAAGAAUGAGAAACCUCUGGAUAAGGUUAAAGUGAGCGAUGGUGUUACGGUGUAUUUCCAUGCAGUAUUGUCCAAAGAUUUCAAAGCAAACCCUGACAGCCAUAGCGUGUUCAUCAGGGCUGAAGGCAUUUCUUCCUAUAGAGACUGGAAGGACAACAUCUGUGAGCUGAGCUUCAGCAAGGAUCUAGGAGAACACGGAUACCUCAUCGAAGGCGCUGUAACUCUUGCAAAAGAAAACGUGAAUAAGUCUAUUCCUUACAAGUAUUGGGUUCUCUGUGGUGAAGGGAAGUACGAGUUUAUUUACAAGCAUUCAGUAUCACGUAACUAUGUGAAUCGCUGCUUAUUCAUACACAGCAACCUGCUCAGCAAUGGAGACUGGCAUCAGUAUGACGAUAUUGUGUGCGCAGAGCCUUCUGCAAUGAAAAACUUCUGGAAUUUCUUCUCUCGUGAUAAAUACAAAGAUGUGGUGGAAGGAAAGAAAAUAGCUGCAAAUAUUAUGUUAGAAAACAUCUUCAGCAUUCUUGGAACUUGGAGUCCCGACAACGUGAGAAACUUCUUCUUGCAGCUGAAACAGUUUCAUGUCGUGACUAUGAACCCACGGGUACACGAUGGCUGCGCAGUGCUGUGGACAGAGUUGAACUUUGGCAGGAAGCAGGUGAAUGAUUUGCUGCUCCAGUACAUAAAGAAAAUAGCUCUUCCUUUCUUUGUGCCAGAAGGUGCAAAAGCAUCACAGGAGGACGCAGUAAUAAAAAGUAAACUAGCUCUGGGGUUCAUCACUCUCGCAGUCAUUGGGGUAUUCAACCUUCCAGCGUCAAAAACCGAUCUGGCUGGCCUGUGUAGCCUCUUGUGCGUGGAUAAGGUGUCACAACAAGCCGUACUGGAUGAGCUUAAUCUUGUCAAAAAUGCUUUUCCAGCAUUUAUUAGUCUUUUUAGUUUGAAGAUUCACCUGAUAAACUUUUGCCAGAGAUGCAUUGAUGACCAAGUAGACCAAUGGGUGUGGAUUCUUCCUCUUCUGCAUUUGUUAGCUGCUCCUUUGCAGCACGACCACUUCCCAGUCGAAGAAGAUAGCUGGGCAGGUCUGGAAGGGCUUCCGUUUGCUGAAAGAAGGAAGAAGGCAGAUAAGGGAGCUCUACUGCAACUAAUGAAAGAGAAGAAACACUUGAUGGAAUUUGAUAAGAUUCUGGUCAGAUCCUGGAUCUCUGUGCUGCCCCUGGAGAGUCUGGCUGAAUUUAUACGGAACUUCUCCAGUGAUUUAUUAGUUACUCUUCAAGGCGUUUCUUUCAGAUUAGAGAACGUUGACCUUUUAUGGAGCAGCUCUAAGCUGCACCAGAGGGUCUGCAAGUACGUGAGCUGGGGGGAGCGGUGCAGGAUUCAGGUCGCUUCUGCCACGGUGAUCGCCAGGGUUGCCAAACAUCAGCCCCUCCCAGUUCCAGGAGAUGCUGUGCGGGAAGUUUCACUGGCAGAAGUAUUCGCUGAAGUUCUAAGAGACACUCGAACCUGGUUCAGAAAUACUUUAAAACAGAACUUACUGAAAGAGCACCUGGCUCAUGUGUCAUUCUCCUUCUAUUGGGAACUUCAGGCCUGGAACGAAUUUUUGAGGAUCAGCUUUCCAGAUGAGCAGUUCACAGAGCGCUGGAAGAAGACUCUACUCGCAGAUCUGGAGAGAAGGAUUCAGGAGGAGCCUCCAGUUAACCAAAUCUUAGUGUACUGCUGUCAGCACUCCCGGUUUACGCAACUCGACCCCUCCAUUGACUGGUGCUUCCGUAACUGUGCCACAGAGGCUGUAACUGCAGCUUGCCAGGCUGAGAGCAAUCUCCUGGAGAAGAUCUCUUCCUACAACCUGAGCCAGUUCAGCCAGCUCGUAUCGACUAUCAUUGUGAAGUCGUGGCCUCAGAACGAGCAGUCUGAGGAUGAUUUUGAUGAGAUUUUGCACCACGUGCUUGCAUGGCCUGACAUCAAACACAUCUUCAGCUUUAAUGGAACAAACACAAAGCUCCUAGAAAAGCUCACAGAGGAAGCAAAGAACGUCAUGGCCAAAGCAGACUCUGUGUUUACGAGUGUCACCAGCGACAUCCAGAGGGGGUGUAUCCUUGUGAAGCAUCUGGAAGAGGUUUUCCAGCAUGAGGAACAGUUCCUCUGCAUCUGGGAGAUAAAGCACCUGUUAAGGGAAGACAAAGAACUACUCCAGAGACAAAUGAAGGAAUUGCUGCAGAGGAGGCGAGAAGAAAUAACGCUUCUCAGAAAUGAGAAAAAAGUAAUAGGAACCUUUCUGAGCAUGUGUAGGAAAGUGCAGGCGUCUGUGAAAGUGGAUGUAGGUCAAGUGGCGUUUCAACACGUGGAAGAUCUUCGCUCCAAAAGACUAGAUACGGUUGUGAACGUGGGAGAGAGGCCCCCGCAGACCUACUACAGCUUGAGCCCAAAGUUGAAGGAAUUUGCGUGGAAAAUGCACUCUUUUAAGGACAGCCUGAUUUUUCAGCAGUUCUGGGAGGAAGCGGCGCAGAAGGCAGGAGAGGAGAAUGAAAGUUCAGGAGAGGAGAAUGAAAGUUCAGAAGAGGAGGAGGAGAACAUUGUUCUUUGGUUGGAUCUUGAUAAUGUUUUCAGCAGACUAAUCUCCCCUUGUUUUGUGAGCUACGAAAGGUUGUAUGAUGAUCUCAGAUCUGGAAGUCUCACACUUUCUGCAGUUGAUACGCUUUUUCUGGAAUUCACAAAUCAUCCUGAAGAUAUCAGAACUGAACUAAACAUCAUGUGUAACCUUAGACCUGGAGAAGACAGAGACUGGGUCAAUCAGCGAUUUCAGCAGAUCCAGCAAUACCACGAAAUGCAUUUAACUUUCGAUGCGGCGAAGAUCAUUGCCAACGUCAAAGAGAGUUUAAACCUCUCUGGUGACUUCAACGUCCUGGAAAAUUUGCUGGACAUAACAGAAAAGCUUGAAUCAUACAAGACGCAAAAGCUGGAUUCCAUCAGCCCUGAGCUUGUGCACGCCAAGAGACUGCUGCAGGGGAUCACUGUGAAACGUCGUGGGUGUCUGAGGGAGCUGGCCCAGCAGAAGGAAUUUGUCUGCUGGGUCAGAGAAGCACUGACAGAUAUCAAUGAGCUGAAGGUAUUUGUAGACUUGGCAUCCAUCUCUGCUGGGGAGAAUGACAUGGAUGUGGACCGCGUGGCAUGUUUCCAUGACACUGUACAUGGCUACUCUUCCCUGCUCUACGAGCUUAAGCAGGAGUCAGGGUUUGAGGACUUCAUGCACUGCUUGAAGAAGCUGUGGCGAGCCCUGGAGAGUGAUGAGAAUCUUCCCAAGAAACUGCGUGCGUCAGCUCAGCACUUGGAGUGGCUGAAAACGGUGAAGGAGAGCCACGGCUCCGUGGAGCUGUCGUCACUGUCACUGGCAGCUGCCAUCAACAGCAGAGGAGUGUAUGUUCUCAGAGCGCCAGGUGAUGGCCAAACGGUUUCUUUGGACAACGUCCUGUGCUUCACCCUCCUGGGGAGCUCUGGGGAUAAUGAGACGUCAUGGAAAUACUCUCUGGCAGAGCUCCGUGAGCUGCAGAACAAACUGAUGCUCAUGUCGACAAAGGGAGAGCAAGGCUUGGAGGUGGAGAAGUUCUCUGAGAUUUUUUCCAAUGUUCAAAGACUUGCACAGGUCUUUAUAGAUCUUUAUUCAGCUGGGAAUGUGCUCUUCCGUUCCUGGCUUGCACAGGUGUAUUGUUCACCCGAAAGAGAAUCAUGUGUUCUUAUAGACUUCUCUUUGGGAUUGAUCCCAGUGCUGGAAGGGCAAGGAGAUUUGGCAGCUGUGCUCCCAAGCCUCUGCAAGACGAUGGAGAAGUUCCUGGAGAGCUGGAAAAGCUUCAUGUAUGAAAAACGAUUCCAACAUUUCUACCUGAACUACUACACUGCUGAGCAGCUGGUCUACUUGUGCAGAGAACUGGGGCGGGAGUCGCCCAGCCAGGGUGCCCUGAUGAUGCUUUCGUUCCUAAAACACAACUGCACCGAGCAGGACGUCCUUAGAGCCUCCAGGAAUGAGGUUCGGCCCAGCCCAAGAAAGGCUGUGCUAGACUUCCAAGGAAUGCUGGCUAGAGAGAAGGACCUGACCGCGCAGCUGGAGCACAUCUGGGAGUGCUACAUGUGUGACAUGGGCUCCUUCCUUCCAAACUGCCUGGAUAUCGAUACACUUGGGGAGUGGCUGAAGAAUCUGGCCAGCUGGGAGAGAGAGCACGUCACACGAGACUUUCCACAGGAUCUUCUGUAUGUUGGUCAGCCCAACCUCAUCACGUGCCCUCGCUCCGAGGUGCUCACGGCAGCCCUGGCUAUUUACAUGAACAGCCCUAACCAGCCCCUUCCCACUUUUGAUGAAGUUCUCCUAUGCACACCUCAGACCACUGCUGAGCAAGUGGAGCUCUUCCUCAGGAGGUGCCUCACUCCCUGCAGCGGAGGAGAGAAAAUUUACACCAUGCUCUACGCGGAUGAGCUGAGCUACGAUGUCAGCUGCAGAGCAGAGAUGCUGUUCCAACACCUGCAGUGCUGCAACAGCACCUACCGCCUCGUCAUUCUGUGCAACUGCGAGAGGGAGCACAGCUACAUCCCUUCUGCCUUCAGCCAGUACAAAGUGCACAUGAUACCCCAGAGACCACUGCCCGAAAUCCAGCAGUACCUUCAGCACCACUACAGAGUCUCUCAGCCUUCCAGCUCAGCUGCUUCUGUGUUCAAGGACAACAUGUGCGUUGGGAUCGUGUCUUCCAAAAGAGCUGGUGUGGGGAAAUCUCUGUAUGUGAAGAGGCUGCACGAGAGACUGCAAGAAGAGCAGCCUGACUAUACAAAACUUCUGAAGACCAUUAGGCUGAUUGAACCAGAAGUGGAUGAAGAUAAAGUGCUCCAAUCUCUUCUGCCUUUUCUGGAGAGAAAACACCAGACAAAGCCCAUGAUAUUUCAUUUCGAUAUCACCUCUUCAGUACAAAGUGGAAUUCCAGAGUUUCUGUUCAAGCUGUUGGUUUUGCAGUAUCUGACAGAUAAUAACGGAUAUAUGUGGCUACGACAGAAGUGCCAUUUGUAUAUCAUUGAAAUCCUUGAGGUAUCACCAGUGCCAAAGAAAGCAAUGUCAGCGAGCCAGAAAUACAAUUUCUUGGAUGUGUUCCCUAAAGUAACCUGCAAGUCUCCCAAGGAAGUACUAGUAAUGGAGACACUUGGGAACCAGUCUGGGGACAUAUCGGAUCCAGGCAUGGACGAGGAGGAAUUUUGCAGUGAGGCUUUCCAGAGACCUUUCCAGUAUUUGAAAAGAUUUGACCAGGGGUACAACCUGGACACGUUCCGUUACGAAGUGCGCUCUGUGGAAGGGAGCCCAGCAGAAUGCCUGCAGCUGUUCCUCCUGCACUGUGGGGUCGCAGAUCCCUCCUGGUCAGAACUCCGAAACUUCGCGUGGUUUCUCAACAUUCAGUUGAGAGACUGUGAAGCUUCUGUCUUCUGCAACCCUGAAUUUGUCCAGGAUACUUUGCAAGGUUUCAAAAACUUUGUUGUUACCUUCAUGAUUUUAAUGGCGAGGGAUUUUGCAACACCCUCCCUAAACAUUUCUGAUCAAAGUUCGGGAAGGCAGUCCUCCAAUCUGGAGACUGUUGCAGAAGAAGAUCUUCUUCCUUUUCGCAUUCGGAAAAAGUGGGAGUCUGAGCCUCACCCGUAUUUGUUUUUCAAUGAAGAUCGGGUGUCCAUGACAUUCAUAGGUUUCCAUUUGCAGCCUCAUGGCCGUGAUAGUGUUGAUGCCAUUAACCCUCUGAGUGGCAGCAUUAUCAAGAAAAACAUCAUGACUUCACGGCUGUACCAUGGCUUGUUAGUGCAAAGAGUUCCCUUCAAUGUUUCGUUUGAUCAGCUGCCUCGUCACGAGAAGCUAGCGAAACUUUGCAUGGUUUUGGGAAUCCCCUGGGUAAUGGACCCCGAUGAGACAUAUGAACUCACAACAGACAACGUGCUAAAAAUCUUGGCUAUUGAGAUGCGAUUCAGAUGCAACAUUCCUGUUGUCAUCAUGGGAGAAACAGGCUGUGGGAAAACCAGGCUUAUAAAGUUCCUGUGCGAGCUACGCAGAAGCGGCACAGAGGCGGAGAACAUGAGGCUUGUAAAAGUUCACGGAGGUACCACUGCAGAGAUGAUUUAUGCCAGGAUCCAAGAAGCAGAAGCCCUUGCUAAAACCAAUAAGGAGCAGUACGGGCUGGACACAAUUCUCUUUUUUGAUGAAGCCAACACAACAGAGGCUAUAAGCAGCAUCAAGGAAGUUCUGUGUGACCGCACGGUGCAGGGGAAGCCUUUGGCCUCUUCCUCGGGCUUGCAGAUCAUAGCGGCCUGCAACCCUUACCGUAAGCACACGCCAAAGAUGAUUCAGCGCUUGGAAUUAGCUGGGUUGGGCUACCGUGUCAAAGCAGACGAGACGAAGGAUAAGCUCGGGUCUAUUCCGCUGAGGCAGCUCGUGUACCGGGUCCACGCGCUCCCACCCAGCAUGAUCCCCUUGGUGUGGGAUUUUGGGCAGCUGAACGACCUGACCGAGAAAAUGUACAUCCAGCAGAUUGUGCAGAGAGUUACUGAGCACGUCCCGAUGGGGCAGCCCGAGGCAGAGGCGAUUACAGAAGUGCUUUUCGUUUCCCAGCAGUACAUGAGGCAGAGGGACGACGAGUGCAGCUUCGUCAGCCUGCGGGACGUGGAGCGCUGCAUGGAAGUCUUCAAGUGGUUUCACAAGCGCAGUAAACUUCUGCUGAGAGAGCUGGAGAAGUACCUUGCUGAGAGGAGGGCAAUAAAGAGCACCGUCGAGAGGAACAACAUUUUCUGGUCCUUAGUGCUGGCGCUCGGGGUCUGCUACCACGCGUCCUUGGAAAGGAAGGAGGCAUAUAGGAACGCCAUCAGCCAGGUCCUUCCAAAACCUUAUGAUACCCAGAAAAAGAUUUUGGAAGAAAUCUCCCUGAUGCAGGACUUAUUCCUGAGUGGUGUGCACCUCCGAGAUACCAUAGCAAGAAACUUGGCCUUGAAGGAAAAUGUCUUUAUGAUGGUCAUCUGCAUCGAGUUGAAAAUCCCUCUUUUUCUGGUUGGGAAGCCUGGAAGCUCCAAAUCCCUUGCGAAAACGAUUGUGGCCGAUGCUAUGCAGGGCCAAGCAGCUCAUUCAGAUUUGUUCAAGGACCUGAAGCAGAUCCAUCUAGUGUCUUUCCAGUGCAGCCCUCUCUCCACUCCGGAGGGAAUCAUCAGCACUUUCAAGCACUGCGCUCGAUUCCAGGAAGGGAAGAAUCUGGAGGAGUAUGUCUCCGUGGUGGUCUUGGAUGAGAUUGGGCUGGCAGAAGACUCUCCCAAAAUGCCCUUGAAGACUUUGCAUCCACUUUUGGAAGAUGGCUGCAUAGAUGACGUCCCUCUUCCUCACAGAAAGGUCGGGUUCAUUGGGAUCUCCAACUGGGCUCUGGACCCUGCCAAAAUGAAUCGAGGCAUCUUUGUCUCACGUGGUGAUCCCAGCAAAGAAGAGCUCAUAGAAAGUGCCAAGGGGAUUUGUUGCUCAGCCCGAGGAGCUUUGCAGAAGGUCGAACAGUAUUUUUGUCACUUUGCAGAUGCAUAUGAAAAUAUUUGCAAGGCCCAAGACAGGGAGUUCUUUGGUCUGCGUGAUUACUACAGCCUCAUAAAGAUGUUUUUUGCCUUAGCUAAGAGCUCCAAAAGUGAGCCGACACCUCGGGACAUAGCUGAAGUUGUUCUUCGUAACUUCGGUGGUAAAGAUGAUGUCAACGCCCUGGAAAUAUUCACCUCACAUUUACCGGAAAAAGGAGAAAUACACGCACGUGACAUCAGCAGGAUUGAGCUGGUACGGCUAAACAUUUACAGCAGCGGCGAGGAUGGAGAUUGCAGGUACCUGCUUGUUUUGACUGAGAAUUAUGCAGCGCUGCAGAUCCUCCAGCAAGCUUUUUUCACUGCCCAACAACAGCCAGAAAUUAUCUUUGGCUCCAGUUUCCCUAAGGACCAAGAGUAUACUCAGAUAUGCAGGAACAUCAACCGCGUGAAGGUCUGCAUGGAAACUGGCCAAACGGUUGUGCUCCUCAACUUGCAAAACCUUUAUGAAAGCCUCUACGAUGCCCUCAAUCAAUACUAUGUGUACCUCGCUGGCCAGAAGUACGUUGACUUGGGGCUGGGCACCCACCGCGUGAAAUGCCGCGUGCACCCCAAGUUCCGUUUGAUUGUCAUCGAGGAGAAAGAGGUGGUGUACAAGCACUUUCCCAUCCCGCUGAUCAACAGGCUGGAAAAGCACUACCUGGAUAUCAGCACUGUCCUGGACAAGGGGCAAAGGGAAGCCGUGGAGGAGCUGAAGAAGUGGGUGCACGAGUUCACCGCGGCCAAUACAGAAGAGCACUUCAUGAGCAAGCAGAAAUACAGCCCUUCUGAUGUGUUUGUGGGCUACCACUCCGAUACCUGCGCCUCGGUGGUCCUGCAGACAACAGAGAGGCUGAAACCAGUUUGUGCUCCCAGGGAGCUCCUGUCCAGUGUGAAGAGAGAGGCUCAGCUGGCGCUGCUGAACUGUGCUACCCCGGACUCUGUGAUCCGCCUCUGCAACUCGCUGGGUUCCUUCCGGGCGGACUCUCUGGCCAAUAUAUACUUCAAGCAGCAGCAACACACGUCCUUUGCAGACUUCCUCCGAGCUCACGUCCACGCUGGGUCUUGCUUCCAAAUGGUCUUUACAGAGGUCACCACCUUCUCGAGGCUCCUCACCAGUGCUGACAGUGCUUACCUGGAGAGAGAAGUGCGGGGUAAAGCGCAAAGACCUCGGAUCCUGUUGCUGCAGCAGUUUGACACGGAGUAUUCCUUCCUGAAGAGCAUCCGAGAUUUCCUUGAUGCCACAUCAGGAAAUAAAGUCCUUAUUAUUCAGACAGACUUUGAAGAUGGCUCUCAAAACGCCCAGCUCAUCGCCUCAGCCAAAUACACGGUUGUGAAUGAAGUCAGCAAAGUGGAUUUGGGAGAAGUCUCUGUCUUCGUUUACUUUAUUAUGAAGCUUUCCCGGGUGGAAGGAGGAACAUCCUACGUGGGGUUCCAUGGAGGACUGUGGCAGUCAGUGCACAUAGAUGAUCUCCGCAGAUCCAAGGACAUGAUCUCCGAUAUGACUGCUCUGCAGAACCUCACCAUCAGCCAGUUAUUCUGUGAGGAUUCAGGGAAAACCAAAGCUCUGCCUGUGAAGGGAGAACAGGAGGAAAACAAGGCAGAAGUUGAAACUCCAGUGCCAGAAGUGGAGCGCUGUGAGGGUGAAAUCCUGGACACCACGGUUCUCCUGAGGACCUGCGUGCAAAGUGCUGUGGGGAUGCUGCUGGACCAAAAUGAAGAUCCUAGUCGAAGCAGAAAGCGAAUCAAGAUUCUCCUUGGCCUUCUGUCCAAAGAGGAUGACUUGAAAGCCUCUUUCCUGAAGAUAACAAAGGCUCAUCUCUCCAGCCUUUUGAGGAAGCAAGAAGAAAACUCCCUUAAUCCAAAAAACUGGGUGCUUCGGGAGGCUUCCAACCUCAGUGCUCUCCAGGAGGCAGGCACCUUCAGGCACACCUUGUGGAAGCGAGUCCAGAACGUGAUCACUCCAUUCCUGGCUCUCCUGAUUGCUGUCAUAGACAGAAAUGGCAAUCUGGAGCUGUUGGUCAGGCCGGCUGAUGAGUGGGUGACAAAGCUGUGGAUGUUCAUCUUCAGUGACACAAAACUCCUGACUGUCCCUUACAGUGUGGGUAAGAACAGCUCUCAGCCAGAGGUAAUUCUGGUGCAGAACAACAUGAUGGUAUCUACUGGUGCUGGGAACAAGAUGCCCUUCAGCUGGAGGAUAAAGGAAUACUUGGACGAGAUGUGGUUGAAAGCUCAAUACAUCCAAAGUGCUGAAGACCAAGCUGAGAAGUUUGUGAACAUCUUCCAGGAAACUGCACUGGGAAAAUUUAUCUCUGCUCUGACUGAGGAAGAAAGGCAGAUGCUCUGCCAGUGCUACAUCACAGAUUUCAUUGUCCUGACCAUCGGUGCGUCCUCCCGAGAGGAGCUGCAGUGUCUGCGAAUUGCAUUCCUAUCCUGCAUGGAGGAGUGGAAGGCAGCAUCUCCUAGAAGAGAGGAUAUGGUGCCAUCCUUGCCUUGGGUCCACCUUGGAUACAACCAGUUCAAGAGCCGCCUGCAGAACUUCUCUAGGAUCCUGGCCAUACAGCCGCGUGUGGUUGACUACCUUGCUAAGGAGGAAGGACAUUCAGAGAUGGUUUUAGAUGUGUUAGCUGCAAUUGUAUGUGCUGAAGAGCUGAAGGGUCAAGUGCAGACAGCCCAUCCAGAGAUCUGGUUGCAGAAGGUGAAGAAUCUUCGUAUGCCCAUUGAAUUUCUUUGUCAAGUGAGGGAUUUGCAGAGCAAUGGGAGUCGGUGCCAUCAGCUGCUAAAAGUACUUCAAGUCUGCUGGAACCGGGUUCUCUCCAUGUCUCUGUUUGUAGAACAUGUGUUGCUUGGCAUCAACACUGUGAUGCCAGAAUUUGAGAAUUUAGUGAAAAAAUAUACUUUGCUUCUUGCCGAGUGUUUUGAGCACGAUUUAGACAUGAAGACUCAUCCAACUUUUGUUGCGGUGAUGAAAAUACUGUGCCAAUGCAAGGAGGAAGUGAGCAGCAGGCUCCACAGAUACAAGUUACAGCCGUGUUCCAUCUGCCUGGGAGAGCCAAAGGAUCCAAUCUGCCUGCCUUGCUGCCACGUGUUCUGUCAGAAGUGCAUCAGAAUGUGGCUCGUGCCAGCACAGAUGCACUGCCCGUACUGCAAAGUCGCCGUGGAGGAUGUUGAUUUAGAUGUCUCUGAGGAGCUCAGAGAUGCGAUAGCAAAAAACGCCCUGUUCCGGCAGAGAUGCAAUAAUUUCUUCAUAGAUGUGGUCACUACCAUGUGCUUCAAGGACAAUGAGCCCCCUGAGGCAGAAGUGAUCCAAGAACUCCUUAAUCUGCUGUUUGUUCACAGAAGCCUCCUGCAAGAUUCAGAUCACCCUGCUGUCUACACAAAAUUUCUGUCCCCGUUUAAUGAUGAAGUGGACGAAACUCCCAUCAUCCGCUCAGUAAUGCUGAAGCUCCUCCUGAAGUAUAGCUUCAAUGAAGUGAAAAAUGAUGUGCAACACUACCUGUCCCAGGUAGAGCACAGCAAGAUCCUAGAUAAAAAGGAUAAAAAAGAACUCUACUUGCUUUUUGUCAACUGCUUAGAGGAUUCCAUGUGUGAAAAGUCUGAGGACAGCCUUGGGUACGAGCAUAUAAACUAUGUGCCUGGAGACAGAGGCUUUCCAGACAACUACCUCCCAAAGGGCAAUCAGGCAACUCCUCAGGAAUCAUCUGUUGAAUACCUGCAGGCAGUAGCCAAGGUUCGCUUGUACCUGAGUAAGGCUGCAGAGCUGCUCUUUGAUUUGCACGAGCCUAGAGAGCAAGACCAGAUAGAGGAGAAGUGGCGUUACUUGGCAAACGUGAAGAUGUUCUGUAGCCUCACCAAGAACGAGUGGCAUCGUGUUUACCUGGUCCGGAAAAUCGCUAGUCAGUACGGGAUGGAAUUUGCUCAGAAGCUUGUCACGGAGGCAGAGUUUAACUGGGUGUUCCCAGUGGAGACUCUGCGACAGGUACAGAUCAGCCAGGCUAAUUGCAUCGAUCGUUACCUGGCAUGUGGUGAGAAUUACCGAGCCCUGCGUGACGCUGUGGGGAAAGCCAUGAUUGAGUGUAACACUGAGGGUCUUCUAAAGGCAGAGAAGGCACCCGGCAGCUCCCCAGCCGUACAAUCUGUCCAUCUGCUCCUUGCUAUUUUCAGAGAGGUCACUGCCCUGUAUGGAGUUAAUGACUCGAACCUUCAUCCCAAGCCGCAGGUAAGAUAUUCACUUGGGAAGUGAAGUCACAAACGUGCUUUGUUGACAAGCAUGAAUGAGAUUUGAGUUGCUGGUGGAAGAACCUUUUGUUCUUCUGCCCUGAAUAAAAUUGUGUCCUGAUCUGAGCAGACUGGAAGUGUUUUCAAAGCAGGGGCAACACGGCAUGGGAAGCAGCUGAUAGUCCUCACUUUGGUGGGCAAUAUCAUACUGGUUUUAUUUCUUUUAAAUAUGUGCUUUCAGCAAACAGAUGCUAUGACUGAGUUCAUCCAGAAGUCCCAAGUCCUGAAUUCUCCGUAUCUGCAGAACUUUGCAACUUCUCUUGUGAAAAAUGCUCUGCAGUCCCUGAUGGUGCAUCCUCAAAGCUUCAGCCACAACGGAGCCGUGAUCGAAAUGGCCAUUCACACCGCAGCCGUGCUGUUGUGUGGGCAGAACCCUGUCCUGCUGCCCCUGAGGAAUCUGGCAUUCCAUCCAUACAUCAUGGAGAACUCUUUUCUGCCUACGAUGCCAGAAGAUAUAAUGGCUCAGGCGAGGGCCUGGCAAGGAGUGGCUGCUCUGCGUUGGUACACAUGUCCGAACGGCCACCCCUGCACUGUAGGAGAGUGUGGCCUCCCCAUGGAAACCAGCUACUGUCUUGACUGUGGUGCCCAGGUUGGAGGGGUACAGCACAAACCAGUGUCUGGCUUUCAGGAAUUCCGGAGUAGUGAAGACAGAACUCAAACUGGCCACAUACUUGGAGAUGCACAACACAGAAAAACAAAAGGAGUGUCUGAUCGGGGCAUGUCCCCUGUUGUCUUCAUUCUGUUACGCUUGCUCACACAUUUGACAAUGCUGCUGGGAGCCAUGCAAGAUCCUCAGGCAUUGCAAAGGAUUAUCAAGCCACUGGUGCAUGACCCAGUGACGUUCCUGCAGCAGCAUAUUCAGGAGGACUUGGCACAGCUGACAAAAAUUUUGGGGAAGAGUGUGGAUGACACUAUCAACGUCCUUCAUCUUUUCCUCAGCAGCCUCCUCAAGGACCCCCAGCAGCAUCCAGGCCAGUGGCCAGUUCAAUUUGAUUAUGAGCUUUCCACGAAGGAGAAGAGAAACAAAUGGGAAGAAAUUGUUGCAAACACAAUUAUUGCUCCUCUGCUAGAGGAUUUGGAUAAAAAACUUCUGAAGUUAAACAGACAAAUACAAGAGGAUGACAGAAUUUCUUCCAAUCCAAUAGUGAAAAUAGUCUAUGGUGACCCAGCCACUUUCCUGUCCCAGCUGCCAAGGGACAGCCACAUACAUCAUUCCAAGAUGUGGAGCUGCCGGAAGAGGAUCUCGGUGGAGAACCUGGGCCAUGUGGUCCAGCAGAAGAAUGCCAAGGACGCUGUCCCUCUCCUUUGGAAGUUCCUGCAGAAGGAAACAGAACUGAGGUUGCUUAAAUUCUUACCAGAGAUCCUGGCUCUGCAGAGAGAUUUGGUGAGGAGAUUUCAGAACACUGCUGAUGUCAAGUGCUGCUCAAUUAAAGAUUUCCUCGACGAACCCCUCCCAGAUGGGAUGAGGGACCUCUUAGAGAGGAGAGUGAAUGUGUUUCUCUCUGUCUGGAACAAGCUGAGAAGCUCACUGGACACCAGUGGGGAAAUCAAGCUUCCUAAAGAGUACUGUGAUGCUGACUUGACCUUGGACAGCCAGCUUGAGGUCCUUCUGCCACGUCGACAGGGGCUGGGCCUCUGCUCCACAGCCUUAGCCAGCUACCUCAUUAGUCUGCACAACGACUUCAUCCACUCGGUGAACAAACACAUCAAGGAGGAAGACGAGAGGUACCUGGUGAGUCCAUCGGAAGUGGCUGACCUGCACUUGAUCAGCUAUGAGCUCGAGAGAGACCUCAUUCCUCUGAUCUUGUCCAACUGCCAGUACAGCAUGGAGAAGGGAGGGGAGACACUGGAGGACUUUGAUCUGAAGAGGAUCCAGCAGCAAGUCAUCAGCAAGUUCCUGCAGGGGAAACCACUCAUCACCCUAACGGGAAUACCCACGCUCGUGUACAGGCAUGAUCGGAAUUAUGAACAACUGUUUAAUGACGUCAGGAAUAAGCUGGAUCAGAGUGCUCUGCCCAGUUCCAUGAUGAACAUGAUCAGUGGGGAACUACAGUCCUACAGUGACGUCUGUGAUGCUCUGUCUGUCAUUGAAAUUACUUUGGGAUUCUUGGCCAUGGCUGGAGAGAAUGCUGAAAUGCUUCUGACCGACUACAUUGAAAAAGUUCUGCAGAUGGGGGAUCAGACAAACCCUCAUGUACUGGAGGCCCUUGGACGAUGUCACCUAAAGCACAGCAUAGCCCUGUGGCAACUUCUCUCGACUCGCAAAUCUGAGCAGCUUCUGCGCCUCAAAAGGGAUCCUUUUGUAGACAUCAGUGCAAGCUACAAAGCUGAGCUCAGUCCAGAGAUUGCAAAGCUCCUCAACACUUUCCUUGUCCACUCAAGGCUGGAAACCUUCCUGCAGGAGCUCCAUGAAAUGAUCACCUUGAGGCUGAGACAUGUCCGAGCUGCGGAUGUGUUCAGACCCACGUGGAGCCUGAAGGAAUCGCUCAUUCCUUACCUCGAUGCAAAAGACUCCGAGAUCUCUACAGAGCUGGAAGAGCUGUUCCCCGAGGAGGUUCUCCUCUGUCACGCUGCUGCGACCUGGAAAGCUGCCGCCGUCUUCAAGCGGGAGCGCAGGGCGAGCUAG